CCGUAUCCAUCAACGGUGCUUGUAUACUAGUAAUACGUGCAUGUGGCGUUGGCGUCAUUGGUAUUGGUGCAUCCACAUCAAGGUACCAUCAUUGUAACCCAACUGCAGUAACCAUGGCAGCCGAUUCCAAAACGAUACUUGACGGCAUCUUCAGGUUAGAUCGUGGAUCUGAUCUAACUCAAAAACAACGAACUGAUCUGUACAGAGCAAUGUCACCUCCAUCACUGGUAAAGGCAUUCUUUAAUGAGGAUUUCACUAAUUUCAGAGAAAAGUAUGCAGGAAUAAACAUAGAAUCACUGAAAGAAACAUUCAAAUUACUUGAAGGAAACAUCAAACUCCAAGAACAGGUAGCAGAAGUUAUCCUUGUACACCUACGAGAUAUGCGACCAAAACUCUGCAAGGAUGAAAUCGAAUCCGAUCUUUUACGAUUUGUUCCGAUUGUACUCGAGUGUCCAACUUUCGACAAGCCAGAUGAAGAGUGGGGUAAUCGUAUCAUCGAAGAAUUGGCGGUUACCUUGAUCUACAUGGAUGACCGGGCGAAGACCAACUUUAGUGUACUGGUGCGUUGGUGGGAGAAUGAUUCUGAUAUGUUAGCUAGAGUGGUCAAGGUCUACCAAGAGGCAUACAUGAAUCUACUCAACAAUUUUACAAUGGACAUUCUUGAUUUGAGGCAGAAAAAAAACAUACAUUUUGCCGCAUUGCGCAUCUUGUACCAGGUGAAUAAAUCACUUGGUUACAAGAUUCCAGUCAAUCUAUUCUACAUUCUACAAAAAGAUACUGACAGGAGGAUUGAGGAGAGCUUUCUACAACGGAACUCUUUGUUGCACAUGGGUCAAUUUUCAUUUCUACUAGAUAUACAAAGGAAGUGGAAUAUGAUGCGUAUGCACUUUGAUUCUACAUGUGGGCGCCACCACAAACAGAUUCUUUUAAAGAUCAGACGGGAGUUCGAAACAAGUUUUGAACCAGGAUCAACUUUGUGGUUGGAAAUAUUCAUUUUACCUUCUCUACAUCUGAAACCGGCACACCUUCAGUUCGAGAUAGACAUCGAAAAGAUUGUUGAAUCGGCGAUCUCAAAGAUACAAAAUAAGAGAGAAACAGCUCUCUUACUCCCAUUCGAAGUCCAUUUCAAGGAUAAUGUGUCAUUGGGAGUAAAUGCUGGUGGACCAAUGAAAGAAUUAUUCUGGCGGUUCUUUAAUGAAGAGUUAUUUAAUACUCAGAAGCACAUGGUCUUCAAGAAACUCACCGACUCUCCAUCGUCUACUACAUUGUGGUUUAACAAGGAUUAUAAGGAUGUUGACAAAUUACGAUCAGUCGGCAAGAUGUUCGCUCUGAUGUUCUACAAUAAGGUCAUUGUUACAUUGCCAUUUCCGUUUCUAUUCUACAAGAAACUACUUGGAAACAGCCGAUCCAGUUUCGAAGAUCUGGAACUACUUGAUCCUGAUAUUGCAAAGAGCUUGGGAACCUUACGGGAAAUGAAUGACGAUGACCUCUCCGAUUUCAGUUUCACGGCAGACGGACCUGAAAACGAACCGGUGAUCGAACUCAGACCUGGAGGCAAGGACGAGGUGGUGACCGCUGCUAAUGUUGGAGAGUACAUCGAGCUAUAUGCCAGAUACUACACAUCAUCAUCCCAAUUCGAUGCAUUCAGUGAAUGUUUCAGGAGUAUGCUCAGUCAGUUUGCCAUUGAUCAGGUCUUCACACCACAAGAGCUUAUGGCUUUAUUCCAAGGUGGAAAAUAUGAUUGGAAGGCAUUCCAACAUAGUUUUAGAUAUGAGAAAGGUCUUACCUCAGAUCAUCGUGUGGUGAAGAUGUUUUGGUCGGUAUUUCAAGGUGAUCUUACCAACGUUCAAAAACAAGACUUUCUAAGAGUGAUCACGGGUGCAAACCAUGUUCCCCUUGGAGGAUUCCAGGAGAUUGGAGCUAGAAUAUGGCCUAUGGGAGAUCGUGAAGGGCAACAUCCAAAGGAUCUGUGUCCUGAAGUCAAUACAUGUCAUGGUUUUGUUGUACUUCAUCUUCCGAUGUAUGAUCAGAGAGAACAUCUGAAAGAACGACUACUCAAACUACUAGAGAUGAAAGGACAUGGAUUUUAUAAACCUGCACGAUAGGUGUUGAUAGAAACAGAUUGAUGAUAUACGAAGUCUAAUCUAUA